UACGCUAAAAUCUAUUCAUUCCGCCAGCUGCGGAGCACCGGCUACUUGUGAUAUCGUAGGACCUCUCCGCGUGUCUUGAAAGGGUUGAAAUAAAGUGUGCUGUUUACCGCUUUGGAAAGAAGAAACGGGAAACAUAUUUUUUUAUCACACAAACCUUAUGAAUAUGAAACUUUGUUAGAGGUUUGGAUUUAUAGCCCUGGAUUGAUCGGGAGAUUAGAUUAACAUUUUUUGUCGAAUUUCAAAACUGUUUGCUGCUGCUGUCAAAUUGGAUGAGGUGCCAAUAACCGCAAAUUCUGGGAUGCAGAGGGACUGCAGUUUUUGGGGGUCACAAGUACAACAGAUGAAAUAAAAACAGAUACGAAGCUACAAGAGACGUUGGAAAACUGUUUCUCGUUCAAGAUGGUGUCAGCAGGGUUCCAUUUGAAUUGAUCCCCGUAGCUGGAUGGCCAAGAGGAUCGAUGCCUCUCUAAAACGACGUCAGAGACGAAUGUCUGUUUGCCAGUCGGCCUGGGAUGGCGCUGAUCUGCACGGCUGCAGUACUGCUGUCUCUCUGGGGUGGCGCCAGCGUGCUGGGCGGCUCCCUCUACCCCGCCUUCACCCGCGAUGACACCCGCUUCCAGCACCUGGCCCUGCACCCCGACCCGCGGGCCGGCAAGGUCUACGUCGGGGCCCAGGACCGCCUCUUCCAGCUGGGCCAGGACCUGCAGCUGCAGGAGGAGGUGGUGACGGGGCCCGAGAUCGACAGCAAGGACUGCCUGCCGCCCAUCAACGAGGCCAACUGCCCCCAGGCCCGCCUGACCACCAACCACAACAAGCUCCUCCUGGUGAACCCCUACUCGGAGGAGCUCAUCAUCUGCGGCAGCAUCUACCAGGGCACCUGCCAGAAGCGCAACCUGUCCUCCAUCCGGGACGUCCUCUUCGCCACCGACCGGCCCGUGGACACCCAGUACGUGGCGGCCAACGACCCCCUGGUGUCCACCGUGGGGCUGGUGGUGCGGCCGCGGGGCAAGCACCCGGUGCUGUUCGUGGGGCGGGGCUACACCAGCAGCCACCCGCCCAUCUCCACCCGCAUCCUGGACUCGGAGCCCUUCUUCUCCUACGAGGAGACGGCCAAGCUGGCGGUGGCGGGGCGCCUGUCGGAGUACGACCACCAUUUUGUCACCGCCUUCUCCCGCCGCACCCACAUCUACUUCCUCUUAUACCGCCGCGACCUCAAGUCGCAGUCGCGGGAGUACAAGACCUACGUGGCCCGGAUCUGCCUGGACGACCCCGCGUACUACUCCUACGUGGAGGUUCCGCUGGCCUGCCGCUCGCCUGAGGGGAGGAGCUAUAACCUCCUCCAGGCAGCGAGCGUGGGCCGGCCCAAGGCCGGAGUGGGUUCAGGGGCGGCGUCAGAGGCGGAGUCGGAGCUGCUGCUGGGGGUCUUCUCCGCCCGCCUCUCUUCCUCCAAUCGGCCCAGCGAGGACUCGGCCCUCUGCGCGUUCCCAUUGGAUCAGCUGGACCGGCGGAUCGAUGCCACCCGCGACCUGUGCUACACGGACAAAGGGGGCGAGUCGGCCUACAUCGAGUACGAUGUCAAGUCCAUGUGCGCCGGCCUGCCCAUGAACACGCUUGAGGCCUACCCCUGUGGCUCUGACCACACCCCUAGCCCAAUGGCUAGCCGGGUGCCCAUGGAAGCCGAGGUGCUAUUGGACAGCCCGUCCGCCCGUCUCACUGCCGUGGCUGUCAGCAUGAGGGCGGGGCACGCCAUCGCUUUCCUGGGGGACUCCAAAGGAAACCUACACAAGGUGUUCCUGGGACCUGACGGAAAGACCAAACAGUAUGCUACCAUCCCCAUCCAGCCCGAUGUGCCCAUCAAUGGUGACCUCCUCCUGGACCACACCCAGGAGAACCUCUAUGUGAUGACCAGCACCAAGGUGGAAAAGAGGCCGGUGGCCGAGUGUUCCCAGCACAUGGACUGCGGAUCCUGUCUGUCGACCAGGGACCCGUACUGUGGUUGGUGUGUUUUAGAGGGAAGGUGUGUUCAGAGCUCAGAGUGCGCAGGGGCGGAGCUAGCAGGCCAGUGGCUCUGGAGUUUUGACGCAGCACAGCAGUGCCUCAGCGUGCAGUCACUGAGGCCGUCCAACAUCAGCCGAGAGGAGAAGAGAGACGUUUUCCUGUCAGUGCCAGGACUGCCUCGGAUGGAGAACGGCGGGGCGUACACCUGCGUCUUUGGCGAGCACGAGAGCCCUGCCAUCGUCAUGGACACCAGAGUCACCUGCUCCUCCCCUGAUACCGUGAACAUUCCCCCUAUACCCCCGGGAGAGGACCACGUGAAGACCACCCUGUCCCUCCGCUUCCGCGAGGUCACCGUUGCCGCCCACGAGUUCACCUUCUACGACUGCCGGGCAGUGCAGGAGCUCUCCCAGAGCGCGCCUUGCCGUGGUUGCGUGAGCAGCCGCUGGGGCUGUAAUUGGUGUGUUCAGCAGCACGCGUGUUCUCACAAGGACACGUGUGAGCGGGGAGUCGUCAUUUACAACGAACACGGGGAUGAGGGCUCCAUCGUGAGCAUGGGGGCGUCCGCCUGCCCCUGUGUGGAGAGGGUGCAGAGUCCUGCCCACCUGCCCGUCAACAUGGAGAGGAAGAUCACCUUAGUGGGGCGUAACCUUCACCUCUACCAGGAGGAGGCGCUGCGCUACGAGUGCGUGCUGAUGAUCGAGGGACGUGAGGUGGUGGUGGGCUCGGAUGUGGGAAAGGAUGAAGCCGACCACUCCCUCUUCUACAUCACCUGCAAAUCACACAAGUACUCCUACUCGGCGCUCGUGGAGGAGUACCACGCUCGGGUGUACGUGAGGAGGACGGUCGUCCACCACGUGGACAGCCCCCAGGACCUGCACGUGUAUCUGUACAACUGCUCGGUGGGGCACUCUGACUGCAGCCGCUGCCACACUGCGGAGCAGAAGUGGGGGUGCGUGUGGUGCCAGGGGUCCCCCACCAGCUGCCUCUACAAUGAGUCCUGCACAGACCAGAUCAUCCAGACCUGCCCGGCGCCUGUCAUUCACUCUAUCGAGCCUCUGUCCGGCCCACUGGAGGGGGGCACUGCCAUCACCAUCACAGGAUCCAACCUGGGGCAGAAGGCCCAAGACGUGCAGAACUCGGUCACUGUGGCUGGCCUCCCCUGUGUUUUGGACCUCAGCCGAUAUGAGGUGUCCUCCAGGAUUGUGUGCGUGGCGUCCGCCAGCGGGGCGGAGAGGAGCGGGAAAGUGGACGUGGAGGUGAACGAAGGGGGUCGCGGUCAGUCCGACCAGACCUUCAGCUAUCAGGACCCCGUGGUGAAACAGGUGACCCCCCAGAGGGGCCCGAGGUCAGGGGGCACGUCCCUAACCAUCACGGGACAGAAACUGCGCACGGGGCAGCCCAGCGAGGUCCGCGUGCUGAUCGGCGACGCCCCGUGUCUUAUCUCGUCGGAGAUCCAGGGGGACCGGAUUGAGUGUCGCACCAGUGUCAGUAAUAAGACAGGGGAGCAGGAUGUGGUGGUGCGUUUUGGCAGCAGUGAGCGCCACUUGCAGGGCACUGCAUUUCACUACACCACCGACCCCAACGUGACUCAGGCUGCACCCUCCAAGAGCUUCCUGAGUGGUGGCCGUGUGAUCAGGGUGCUGGGACACAAUCUGGAUGUUGUUCAGGAGCCUCGUAUCCAGGUGACGGUGUACCCGUUGGAGCCCCACCACCAGAGGAGAAAGAGGCGUGCGGCAGGGGGCGCAGAGCCCCAGAGAGCAGGGAGCCCGUUGCCUAGGCAACGGCGGAUGGUUCCGGAGCCCGGCUGUCCUGCAGACACACUCUGCACAGUCAAACAGUUUGUGGAGCGCUGCGAGGUGAACACCACCUCCCUGAUCCUGUGCCGGACCCCGGCGGUGGAGGUUGCGGCCCGCCACGCCCGGGUGCAGGUGGAGUUCCUCCUGGACAACCUGCGGUUCGACUUCGCCUCCGUCAGCCAGAGCGAAUUCAGCUACGAGACCAACCCCGUCCUCCACCCGCUCAACCACAACGACCCCAGCAAGCCCUACAGACACAAACCGGGGAGCAUCAUCUCCGUGAAGGGGGAGAAUUUGGAUCUCGCCAUUUUUAAGGAGGAGGUGGUGGCUCAGAUCGGGGAGGGGGUUUGCGCCGUCAAGACUCUGACACAGAACCAUCUGUACUGCGAACCCCCCACCCAGCAGCCAUCUCCGGGUCCAGGCGCGAGGCGUGAGGGUGUGGUGGCCCUCCCCGAAUUCACGGUCCAGAUGGGGAACCUGAACUUCUCCCUGGGCAAGGUGCAGUACGACACACAGAUCCCGACUCCCUUUCCCCUGGAGGCCCAGAUAGGGGUGGGGGUGGGGGCAUCCAUCGUGGCUCUCAUCGUGCUCAUCAUCGUGCUCAUAUACAGGAGGAAGAGCAAGCAGGCUCUGAGGGACUACAAGAAAGUCCAGAUUCAGCUUGAGAACCUGGAGACCAGCGUCAGGGACCGCUGCAAGAAGGAGUUCACAGACCUGAUGACGGAGAUGAUGGACAUGUCCAGUGACCUGGUUGGCUCCAGCAUCCCCUUCCUGGACUACCGCAUGUACGCAGAGCGCAUCUUCUUCCCCGGCCACCGGGAGUCGCCGCUGCGCCGUGACCUGGACGUGCAGGAGAGCCGGCGGCAGACCGUGGAGCAGGGCCUGGUGCAGCUGUCCAACCUGCUCAACAGCAAGCUCUUCCUCACCAAGUUCAUCCACACCCUGGAGGUCCAGCGCACCUUCUCCCCGAGGGACCGAGCGUACGUGGCCUCCCUGCUGACCGUGGCCCUGCACGGCAAGCUGGAGUACUUCACCGACAUCCUCAAGACCCUGCUCAGCGACCUGGUGGAGCAGUACGUCGCCAAGAACCCCAAACUCAUGCUGAGGAGGACGGAAUCUGUUGUGGAGAAGCUUCUGACCAACUGGAUGUCCAUCUGCUUAUACGCCUUCCUGAGGGACUCUGUGGGCGAGCCCCUCUACAUGCUGUUCAGAGCCAUCAAGCACCAGGUGGACAAGGGCCCUGUGGACGCAGUGACGGGCAAGGCCAAGUACACCCUGAACGACAACCGUCUGCUGCGGGAGGACGUGGAGUACCGCUCUCUGACCCUGAAUGUGCUGGUGCAGGGGGGCGGAGGUAACGAGGCCCAGGCCGUCCCGUCCAAAGUGCUGGACUGUGACACCAUCACCCAGGUGAAGGAGAAGAUCCUGGACCAGGCCUACAAGACGGCCUCCUUCUCUCUGCGUCCUCACGCGGACACCCUGGACCUGGAGUGGCGGUCUGGCGUGGCGGGUCACCUGAUCCUGUCGGACGAGGACCUUACGUCGGUGGUGCAGGGAAACUGGAAACGCCUCAACACGUUACAGCAUUACAAGGUGCCAGACGGCGCUACGGUGGCGCUGGUCCCGAGGCACACUAAGCACAUCCACCAUGAGAACCAGGACUACAUGGCAGGAGAGAAGACGCCCAUGCUGGAGGACCCGGACGAGGGCGGGGUGAAGCUGUGGCACCUGGUGAAGGCCAGCGAGGAGCCGGAGCUGCCCAAACACCGGCGGGGCAGCCUGAGGGAGCGGGAGAGAGCCAAGGCCAUCCCCGAAAUCUACCUCACGCGCCUGCUGUCCAUGAAGGGUACGCUGCAGAAGUUUGUGGACGACCUGUUCCAGGUGGUUCUCAGCACCAGUCGGCCGGUCCCUCUGGCCGUUAAAUACUUCUUUGACCUGUUGGACGAGCAGGCUGCCAGUCACAGCAUCGCCGAUCCUGAGACCAUCCACAUAUGGAAAACCAACAGUUUACCCCUGAGGUUCUGGAUCAACAUCUUGAAGAACCCGCAGUUCAUCUUCGACGUCCAGGCCUCGGACAACGUGGACGCCGUGCUGUCCGUCAUCGCCCAGACCUUCAUGGAUUCCUGCACCAUCGCUGAACACAAGCUGGGCAGGGACUCCCCAAUCAACAAGCUGCUGUAUGCCAGAGACAUCCCCCGCUACAAACAGAUGGUAGAAAGGUACUAUGCUGAUAUCCGACAGACCAUUUCUGCCAGCGACCAGGAAAUGAACUCCGCCCUGGUGGAGCUGUCUCGAAAUUACUCAGGUGAACUGAAUUACCUGGUGGCCCUGCAUGAGUUGUACAAGUACAUUAACAAAUACUAUGACCAGAUCAUCACCGCAUUAGAGGAGGACCCUACCGCUCAGAAGAUGCAGCUGGGCUACAGGCUGCAGCAGAUCGCCGCCGCCGUGGAGAACAAAGUCACGGACUUGUGACAGUGCGACCAAACGAGGACGGAGGGGGAGAGAGAGGGGAGGGAGGGAGGACAGGUACAGAGGUGAGACUCCGCCCUGGUUACCUGCCAGCUGACGGGGGCUGAGAAAGAAGAGUUUCGGCGCUCGCUGCGUUCCCGGGACGACCAGGCCUUCGACAGCAGUCGGGACUUUUACUAGCCUUUUCCGCGAGCUUCCUCUGCGACUGUUAUCGCGGGUGACAGAACACAGACUUGUCAGCCAAUCCCGGCACUCUGCACAGGGAAGUGAACAGGAAUCGUUGACCUAUAACGGGGGAAAAUGUUAAACUGACCCCAGGAGAAAUUAAUGCUAAUGGAUUCCCAUGAACUGGCCCUCGGCAGUUCGGAUUGCAACAGUUUACAACUUGGCUACGGAGUCGGAAACCUGUCCUUUUGGAAUUUCGGUUGAGCUAUUUUCUAAAGCAGAUUUUUUUUUUUAUUGAUUUUGUUUUUUUAAUUGUUGUUGUUGUCACCACCGCAUACUUCAGGUGCAGUUCGUCAUUUCUCCUUUGGGGUAAAGAGCUGAAGGGGCUAACUAUCGCUGAGCUGAUUCGCUAACGUUGUGUACAUUUUCCGGAUGGUAACUGGAGAAUGCGCGCUGGGCAUUACUUUGAGAAACCCUCCCCUCCACAGACCUGCGGUACGAUACUAAAGAAACUAGGCCUGUAAUUAGGAAGCUGUACAUUUUAUCACAGGUAACAUGUUUAAACUGGAUUUCUUUAGUUAAUAUUAAACUGCAUAAAUAGAUCAUACGGAAAAGUCAUACAAAUCAAAAUAAUAUCGAUAACCCAAUACCAACAGUAUUUCUUGAUAGAGGUGGUAGAAUAAUAUCAGAUAAAACCAAUGAGCAUCUUGUGUCUGAAAAUCGGGGAGACUGUAAAUCUGACCGUUGACAGUCAAUCUGUUUGGUCUCUUGGAUCAUGCCAGUUUCCUGUCUAAAGUAACAUACUGUGGGGUUUUGUUUGUUCUGGAUACCAGUGUAAAGAUGUUCUAAGUUUAGCCCCUUCUUCAUUAAUGUGGCAAAUUAACAAAUGUUUGCAGUUUUUCUUUGAGGAUUCCUUUGUUACUUUGAGCUGUGAACCUUAAGUGAAAAAUGGCUAAUUUAAGUGUUUUGCGAUUGCCGUCUGUAUGUAAUUAGCAUAAAAAGCUUUGGCUACGAGUAUGAUUCGAGAAUUCGCUUUUCUGUGCCAUUUUGUUUUAUUUUUUUUUUUAAUUUUGCAUCAGCAUAAUUUUUAUCUUCACUCCCUGUUCCAGUUCUCCGUCCAGACAAACUGCUCUCCACAGAAAUCAUAGCAGAUGCAGUGGUCACUUCUCUUCAUGUUUAGAGGCAUGUGGCACACAACAGUGUCAGCUGGUGACAUCACAAAAGCAGAUAAUGACAUCACACUAAAACAGAAUUUCACUCCAGUCCUGAAAAGGGCCAGGCUCACUUUGUCUUAUUUGUUGCAUCACUGAAGUUUGCAACUUUUGAUCUCGAGGCAGUCUGGGAAACGGAGUUAACACUCAAUCCAGAAUCUAUGCAAUAAUGUGACCAAAGGCCAACUUGGAACGGAGUAUGCACCAUCCGAGAUCUUGUGUGCCCAUUUUUUUUGUAGGCAAGCGAUCUUUAAAUUCCUAGUUCCUCUGAGGAAUGUGUUUCUCACUCGGUUUCAUGUUCACCAGGCACAUGCACAGAUGGACACUGACAUAUGCUCAAGUGUAUGCCCCCUGCCCUGAGACAACAAAAGUCCUCAUUCGGCUGCAGGGAUUUUUUAGAAAUUUUUAUUUAACCGCAGUCUUAAAAAAAGAAAAAAGAAAUUGCGGUCUCUUCAAAACACCCAACCGACCCCAUCCACACCGUUGCAAUUGCAAUCGCCCCCCCUGCCCCCCACGGUGAUUAGUAUCCAUUAAUGUUUUAUUACCAUUUCAUUUGUUUUCUUUUCCUCUGAAGACCGGCUCUUUUCAUGGGUUACAGUGCGUUUGUUAUGAUGCAUAGAAAUUGUUUUGUGGUUAUUUAUCUCCCUCUUGUGACCAGAAGGGGGCAGUAAAUCUGACAUGAAAAGGCUGAUUACAAUGGACUUCUUUGUUAAAACCAUUUGUUUAUUUAUGAAGUUACGGUUUUACAGAUAUUAUAAAUCCUACAGUGAAGUAAUUUUUGCAAAUGUAAAAUAAAGGACACAGUAGUAGUCUGGACAGUAACUUCCCUAAAGGAAGUCCUUGACAAGUAUGCAGGCACACACGCACGCAUGCACGCACACACACAGGCACACACGCACACACAAACUAAAGCUCAACACAUUGCUUUUUUUUUUUUUUUUUUUUUUACUGGAGGCUGCAGAGGCUUUUUAUAUUUAAAGAAACCAAAAACAAAAACAAAAAAAAUUGCAUAAGCCCAUUGCAACAUAGUCUAUAACCUUCUUGAUUAUAUUAAUCUGCCCCAAGAAUGAAGAAGUCUUAAAUUUUACUUUGAAGAGUGUAUAAGGUGUUACAUUUAAAUUAUUUAUUCUUAUUUGUGCUAGGUCUCAUGUUGGAUUAAAGACUUUUAAAAUUUGAGAAAAAAAAUGAUUGAUACGCUACACUACUGCUUGUAUAAUUUCUAAAAAAUCGAUGUUGUACUGUGGUGACUACGGUACAGAAAAACUGUUGGAAAGUUUUAGGUUUGAAGGAAGAGCAGCUUUUACGGGCUGGUACAACUGCAGCUCUCUCAAGCAAAUUCAGCUGGGAGGAAUGGGUCAGAAACCGUUUGAAGGGCUGUCGUUUUUUUUUGUCAAUAGCACUGAAUAGCACUAUAUACUGAGUAACUGGGGCAAACCUGUAGCUUCUUAACCUCUUUGAUAAGAGCAAAUGGGACUUCUUACAGAUGGGAAUAAAAUGUCCUUGGAAUUAAACUGAUCUGUGAGUUCUUGAAUCUGUA